CAUUCUACGGCAGUCCUCCAGUGAUUCCAGGGGAGCCGCGUCCGGUCCGCGGGUUUGCCUUCUCUCGCUGGCUCACCCACUCGCUUCUCCCUCCCUUCCCCUUGCAGUCGCAGCAGCAGCAGCGGACCAGCAGCCGUCGAGCGCCGCGCCCCCGGGCCCCGCGCGCCAAGCACCCCUCCCCUUCCCCUCCCCACACUUCCCGCCGCCAGCUCGACGCGCGGCCCGGAUCCGCCUCCCCAGAUCCGCUGCCGGAGCUUGCGGCCGAUUCGCACCCCGCAUGCUCGGGUAGGGCUUCACCGCGCCGUUCCCCGUGCGCUGCGGUGGCCGCCGGUGCCGUCCGUUGGGCGCCGCCGUGGUCGCGGUCGGGGGCUUGUGAGGCUGCGGGAGCUGCCCCUCGGUCGCCGUCGCGUGUUUCUGUCUGCUGCCCGUCCUGAUUCCUGUUGGGGGCUUUGAGGUGAGUGCUGCACUAGCGAUGGCAGAAGUCCAGGAUGGCCAUUACGAUUCGACGUCACAGUCCACCGACAGCUUGCGUGUUGAGCCUAUAUACGAGUCGUUCCUGUGCCCACUCACCAAACAGGUUAUGCGGGAUCCUGUCACUAUUGACAGUGGUGUUACGUUUGAGCGUGAUGCCAUUUUGAAGUGGUUCAAUGAUUGUCUUCACAGCGGAAAGAGGCUCAUCUGCCCUGUGACUAAGAAGGAGCUCAGCACCACCGAUUUAAAUCCAAGCAUAGCUCUGAGGAACACUAUUGAUGAAUGGAUGAAUCGGAAUGAGGCGGCCAAACUUGAUGUCGCUCGUAAGUCAUUAACUUCUGAUUGCACGGAAAGUGAUAUCUUACAAGCACUCCAGUAUGUUGAUGAGAUAUGCCAGAGAAGUCGAUCCAGUAGGCAAGUUGUGAGAAGAGAUGGAUUGAUAAGCAUGAUUGCUGACUUGCUGAAGAAUAGCUCUACGAAAGUACGGCAAAAGGCAUUGGAAACUCUUCGUUCCAUUUCAAAAGAUGACAAUGACAAUAAGGUUGAGAUCGCUGCUGGAGACAAUAUUCGCACAAUUGUAAAGUUCUUAAAUCAUGGACAAACUCAGGAAAAGGAAAAGGCUGUGUCUCUGUUAUAUGAACUUUCAGAAAAUAAGGAUCUUUCAGAAAGAAUUGGCAGUGUGUCUGGAGCUAUUCUUAUACUUGUUGGUUUGUCAAGCAGUAAAGUAGAAAACUCGUUGAUUGUUGACAGAGCUGAGAAGACAUUGGAGAAUUUAGAGAGCUGCGAAAAGAAUGUUAGACAGAUGGCUGAAAAUGGUAGAUUGCAACCCCUUCUUAGGCUUCUUCUUGAAGGUUCACCUGACAUGCAAUUAUCUAUGGCUGCAUACCUCGGGGAGCUUGUUUUAAGCAAUGAUGUUAAGGUUCUUGUGGCACAAACGGCUGGCUCCACACUAGUCAAUAUCAUGAAAAAUGGGAAUAGAGAGGCCAGAGAAGCAGCUUUGAAGGCUUUGAACCAAAUUUCAUCUUAUGAUGCCAGUGCAAAGAUACUAAUUGAAGCGGGUAUUCUUCCACCUCUCAUCACAGACCUCUUUACUGUUGGCAGUAAUCAGCUUCCAAUGAGAUUGAAGGAGGUCUCAGCAAACAUUCUUGCAAAUGUUGUGGCAUCGGGUGCACGUUUUGAGUCCAUUCCACUUGAUCAUAGUAGGCAGACCUUAGUGUCUGAAGACAUUGUUCAUAAUCUGCUUCAUCUCAUAAGCAACACUGGACCUGCAAUUGAGUGCAAGUUGCUCCAGGUCCUUGUUGGUCUAACGGAUUCUUCGACAUCUGUACAGAGCAUAGUUGAUGCCAUCAAAAGUUCAGGCGCCAUUGUUAGUUUAAUUCAAUUCGUUGAAGCACCUCAAAGGGAAGUACGCAUGAAUUCCAUCAAGCUCUUGAAUAACAUAUCACCCUAUAUGGGUCAAGAACUGGCUGAUGCUUUUCGUGGAAACUUUAGUCAACUUAGCAGCUUGGUCAGGGUCAUUGCUGAUAACAAUGGUAUUUCUGAAGAGCAAGCAGCUGCUGCUGGCCUUGUAGCUGACCUUCCUAUGCGGGACUCGGUCCUCACCAGACGUCUUCAUCAAGAUGGGGCAUUUGCAACGAUCAAUUUAAAAGUUUUAAGAAUCCGACAAGGGGAGAUUCGUGGAGGGCGUUUUGUCAACCCGUUCCUUGAAGGUCUAGUUAGAAUAGUCUCCCGGAUCACUUAUGUCUUGGAUGAUGAUCCAGAUUUCAUAGCUGUUGCCCGUGAAUACAAUCUUACUGCACUCUUCACUGAUUUGCUUCAGAUGAAUGGACUUGAUACUGUCCAGAUUGUCUCUGCUACUGCACUAGAGAAACUCUCACAUCAGUCAAAGCACCUUACAAAGAUACUACCAGCUCCCAACCCAGGGGUAUGUUUUUCAAUAUUUCCAUGCCUCAGCCAGAAGACUGUGGCAACUGGGGUUUGUAGAGUACAUUGUGGGAUUUGUUCUGCAAGGGAGAGCUUCUGUCUCUUGGAGGGAAAGGCAGUAGAGAAGUUGGUUGCUUGCUUGGAUAACAACAAUGAGAAAGUAGUUGAAGCUGCUCUAGCAGCACUAUCCACUUUAUUGGACGAUGGAGUGGACAUUGACCAAGGUGUCAUGGUCCUGUGUGAUGCAGAAGGAAUCAACCCGAUACUUGAUGUAUUGUGUGAGAACCGAAACGAGGCACUGCGCCAGAGAGCGGUGUGGGCAGUGGAGAGGAUCCUGAGGAUGGAUGAAAUAGCAUACGAGAUAUCAGGAAAUCAAAAUGUUGGCACGGCCUUGGUAGAAGCCUUCAGGCAUGGUGACUACAGGACAAGACAAGUUGCAGAGCGAGCACUGAAGCAUGUGGAUAAGCUCCCCAAUUUCUCUGGGAUAUUUUCAAAGAUGGGAGCACAAUGACCAUGCUACAAGUAGUAGUCUAGUUUGAUUUGACACAUGGAUUGCAGAUCCUCCCAUGACGCAGUUGAACACAGGUCUGAAAUGGUUGUGCAUGAUAAACCUGGGGCAGAUUGGCUAGGUUUCCAACAGAACUUUGUGGGUUUUAUUGACUGCAUUCCGGAUGGUUGCUAGAGUGAUCGGGUUGAUGGAAGGAGAUCAAUGUAUUGCACGUGUUGUAUAGUGGUGUAUAUCUGUACCUGUAAGCUUCUUGUGUCUGUAUUUUUGAGAUUGGUCAGAUUCACAGCAUAGCUUUGCUGUUUCCCCUGUUGUGUUGAGACAAAAUAAUGCAUAAGCCCCAACUGUGGGUGGAAGAAAGAAGGAAAGUGAAGUAUUGCAUCAAAGAAAUUGUGAAGUAUUCUGUAUUAGUAGGGCUGCUACGUUAAUUCAUAUUCGAUUAUCAUUCUUGUAUCCUGCA